AUGGCGGGCAAAAAGCUUCCCGAGGUCGACCUCACGACCCGGAUGCAGGUCGACGAUUCCGUCGUAGGCAACACCGACAUCGAUGAGUCUCUCUACAGUCGACAGCUCUACGUCUUGGGCCACGAAGCCAUGAGACGCAUGGGCGCCUCCAACGUCCUCAUCGUUGGACUCAAAGGCUUGGGCGUCGAGGUUGCCAAGAACAUUGCUCUCGCAGGCGUCAAGAGCCUGACCCUCUACGAUCCGGCCCCCGCUCGGAUUGCCGACCUUUCCUCCCAAUUCUUCCUUUCCCCCUCGGACGUCGGCAAGCCUCGAGACGAAGUGACGGCCCCGCGCGUCGCCGAACUCAACGCCUACACGCCCGUGAACGUUCACCAAUCACCAGGGCUUGGAAGCAAUCCAGAGCAGUUCGAAAAGUACCAGGUCGUCGUUCUGACCAACGUCCCGAUAUCCUCCCAGAAAGUCAUCGCCGAUUACUGCCACGCCAAGGGCAUCUUUGUUGUCGUCGCCAGCACCUUUGGCCUCUUCGGCUCCCUGUUCUGCGACUUUGGCAAAAAGUUUACCGUCAUCGAUCCCACGGGCGAGUCGCCGUUGAGCGGCAUCAUUGCCGGAAUCGACGAGGAGGGCCUGGUCUCUGCGCUCGACGAGACGAGGCAUGGCCUGGAGGACGGCGACUACGUCACCUUCUCCGAGGUCGAGGGAAUGGAGGCCUUGAACGGCUGCGAGCCUCGAAAGGUUUCCGUCAAGGGUCCCUACACGUUUUCCAUCGGAGACGUCUCCAGCCUCGGCCAGUACCGGCGUGGCGGCAUGUACCAGCAGGUCAAGAUGCCCAAGCAGAUCGACUUCAAGAACUUCACCGCCGCUCUGAAGGAGCCCGAGUUCGCCAUAUCCGACUUUGCCAAGUUUGACCGACCCCAGCAGCUGCACCUCGGCUUCCAGGCCCUCGAGGCCUUCGAGGAGUCCAACGGCCGUCUGCCGAAGCCGAUGGACGAAGAUGACGCUGCCGUCGUCUUGGGCGCGGCCAAGAAGUUUGCCGAGCAGGAGAAGCUUGAAAUGGACCUCGACGAAAAGCUGAUCAAGGAGCUCAGCUACCAAGCCAUGGGUGAUCUGAGCCCCAUGGCCGCCUUCUUCGGUGGCAUCACCGCGCAGGAGGUCCUCAAGGCCGUCUCCGGCAAGUUUCAGCCCGUUCAGCAGUGGAUGUACUUUGAUUCGCUCGAAUCGCUUCCCACCAGCACCAAGCGCUCUCCCGAGCUCUGCAAGCCCAUCGGAAGCCGAUACGACGGCCAGAUUGCCGUUUUCGGCACCGAGUUUCAAGAGAAGAUUGCCAAUCUGAAGCAAUUCCUCGUCGGCGCCGGCGCCAUCGGAUGCGAAAUGCUCAAGAACUGGGCCAUGAUGGGGCUGGGAACGGGCCCGAAGGGCAAGAUUAUCGUCACGGACAUGGACUCGAUCGAGAAGAGCAACCUGAACCGCCAAUUCUUGUUCCGCGCCGCCGACGUCGGCAACAUGAAGAGCGACUGUGCUGCUCGGGCGGUGCAGCGCAUGAACCCCGAGCUCCAGGGCCACAUCGAGACGCUGAAGGACCGAGUGAGCGCCGACACGGAGCACGUCUUCAAUGAAGAAUUUUGGGAAGGUCUCGACGGCGUCACCAAUGCGCUGGACAAUGUCGAAGCGAGGACAUACGUCGACCGCCGAUGCGUCUUCUUCCGGAAACCCCUGCUCGAGAGCGGCACGCUCGGCACCAAGGGCAACACCCAAGUCGUCCUGCCACACCUGACCGAGUCGUACUCGUCUUCGCAGGACCCCCCCGAGAAGGAAUUCCCCAUGUGCACCGUCCGGAGCUUCCCCAACCGCAUCGAGCACACCAUAGCAUGGUCCAAGGAGUACAUGUUCGAGAAGUUGUUCGUCAAGACGCCGCAGACGGUGAAUCUGUACCUGACGCAGCCCAACUUCCUCGAGGCGACGAUGAAGCAGGGCGGGAACCAGAAGGAGACGCUGGAGAUGAUUCGAAAUUUCCUCACCACGGAGCGACCUCGCACGUUCGAGGACUGCAUCGCAUGGGCCCGCGCCUUGUUCGAGACGGAAUUUUCGAACAAGAUCCAGCAGCUUCUGUACAACUUCCCCAAGGACUCGACAACCUCGAGCGGCGCCCCGUUCUGGUCCGGCCCCAAGCGCGCCCCCGACGCUCUCAAGUUCGACCCAAACAACGCGACUCACUUUGGGUUCGUCGUCGCCGCCGCCAACUUGCACGCUUUCAACUUCAACAUCAAGUCCCCCGGCACGGACAGGAGCCUUUACUUGCGCGAGCUGGACAACGUCAUCGUCCCCGACUUCGCGCCCGACGCCAACGUCAAGAUUCAGGCGGAUGACAAGGAGCCGACGAAUUUCGACGACAGCGCGGAGCUGGACAAGAUCAUUGAUAGCAUACCGGCCGCGAACACGCUGUCGGGCUUCCAGCUUCAGGCUGUUGAGUUUGAGAAGGACGACGACACGAACCACCACAUCGACUUCAUUACCGCCUGCAGCAAUUUGCGUGCCGAGAACUACAAGAUUGAGCAGGCCGACCGGCACAAGACCAAGUUCAUUGCCGGCAAGAUCAUCCCCGCGAUUGCCACGACGACGGCACUCGUCACCGGCCUGGUCGUCUUGGAGCUCUACAAGGUCGUCGACGGCAAGACGGACCUCGAACAGUACAAGAACGGCUUCAUCAACCUCGCCCUGCCUUUCUUUGGCUUCAGCGAACCCAUCGCGAGCCCGAAGGUGGAGUACCAAGGCCCCGACGGCAAGGUGUCUCUGGACAAGAUCUGGGACCGAUUCGAGGUGGACAACAUCACGCUGCGGGAGUUGAUUGACCAGUUCCAAGAGAAGGGUUUGAGCAUCAACAUGCUGAGCUCGGGCGUCAGUCUCUUGUACGCGAGCUUCUUCCCCCCGGCGAAGCUCAAGGACCGGUAUCCGAUGAAGCUCAGCGAACUGGUGGAGUCGAUCUCGAAGACGCCAAUUCCCCCGCACCAGAAGGAGGUCAUCUUCGAGAUUGUCGCCGACGACAUGGCCGAGGAAGAUGUCGAGGUGCCUUACAUCAAGGUUCGAGUUCAGUGA